CGCGUCGUUUAUAACAAAUAAAUAACAUAACGAGUGUUUAAAAACAAAACAAUGGAAUCUCCUUUAGCCAGUUCAGCUACAAAAGAAUUUCAGGUGGCUGGCGUUUCGCGCAGUGGACGCGUACGCAAGAAAUCAUCAAAACUGUUGGAUUUCGAGUCGCCAGAGGAACUUGAGAAACGAUUCAAGCGCACUGGUCGAGCACCGGCGCGGUAUACAAAUCGUGGACGUCCAUCAAAUGCUGCACGGGAGCGUGAACAAGAAAUGUCGUUGGCGUACGAAGACGACUUUACAGAUGUGGAUAACACUUUACAUUUGUCCGCGCCAGAAGACACAAGGGCUAUUAUAAACGCAGCUGACUUGCGUGGCACGAUAAUGAAUUCGGACGAUGAAGUGGAUACACUGGUGCAAGAUAUAGUACAAGGGGUGCAGGCGGAAGCUUGCUACACGAACGAUUCUCGUGUACGGCAAAGCCUUUACAUGCGGGAGAAGAGCAACAAGCGCAAGAUACUUAAAGACGGUAAAGUGGUGACUGGCAAGAUGCAGCGCAAGGAUAAGGGCAAAUCACGCUAUACGGCGUAUAGCCUAUGGGCACGCGAGGUGCGCAAACGUGACUUUCCAGAUCUAGAUUUUGCCAAUGCGGCACGGCGUCUCAGUGAGCUUUGGGCCAAUGUUUCCAACAAAGACAAAAACGCCUGGAGACGCAAGGCAAAAGUACAGGCAACAAAAGCGAAAACACGAGAAAAAGAGAUAGUAGUGACGUCUAUGUUAAACUUGGCCAGCAAUGGCAAUGCCGCUGGUGCGGCAGACAACACAGAUGGCUCAUUUCAGGUGCGGCCCACCACAAGUCGCACCAAAAAGAUUGCCGCCGAUCGCCGUCAGGUGAACGAGCCAGUCACGCCCACACAGAACAGACAGAGGCGCAAUACCUACACUCGCACAAGGCCUAGUCCAGCAGCAACAGCAACAGUUACUAGGCAAAGCGCUGGCGCCACAGAUCUCGAGUUAGCUGGUAGACGUUCGCCACCGUCAAGCACUGAGGCUAUUGAUGCAGCAGCGCAUUUAAAACUGCUGGGUGAAAGCCUUACGUUGAUUGGUGAACGCUUGAAAGAGCACAAUGGACAUGUGGCGUUGUCAGGAAGCUUGUCUGUCCUAUUGGACAGUCUACUGUGCUCCAUGGGACCGCUACUCUGCCUUGCAACACAAAUUCCCGGACUUGAGAAUAAGCCGGAGUUGGCCACAAACCUGGCCAGUACGUUAGACAACAUUGCCUACGUUAUGCCCGGGCUCUAAGUAAACAACUAAGAACUGAUUGGAGUGGAUCAUCCGCUAAUUUAGUGUAGCGCUAUAGAUAAUAAGCACAAGCAGCAUUGCACU